AUGUGGCAAGUCCUACGUGCUCGCUUCGAUUAUUGCCACAACAAGAUUUCAGAUGAGCCCAUCGAAGGCGACGGCGGAUCGGCAUCCUUCAAAAAUGACAGAAGGCAGGAGCUGAACUUCAGAGGACCCUGGUAUUUGGCCAGCGGUUUUCUUCUGUUUUGGGCCCUUUUAUUCUUUGCGGUUGUGAUACCACUCUUCUACCACCUUCCCAAGGGCUUGACCAUGGAGGAUGCGUCCAAAGGACUCUUCAUCGCUGAACGUGCCCAAAAUCAUCUUUAUGAAUUUGAUGAAAUCGGAACCAAAGUCGUUGGUAGUGAUGGCAAUGAAAACAAAACGGUUGAUUAUUUGAUGGGCUUAGUGGCUGAGAUACAAGAGAGUUGUCUGGAAGAGUACUUCGAUGUGGAGGUCGAUCUUCAGGAGGUCUCGGGAUCCUAUAUCCAUUGGACCAUGAUCAAUCAGUAUCAGGGAGUGCAGAAUAUUGUCAUAAAGCUGAGUCCCAAGAACUCCACGAGUGAAACUUACCUCCUGGUCAACAGUCACUUCGAUUCCAAGCCAACUAGUCGAUCUGCCGGCGAUGCAGGUGAAAUGAUAGUCUCUAUUCUGGAGGUCCUGCGAGUUAUGUGCACCACACCGCAAACGUUCCAGCAUACAAUCAUCUUUCUGCUGAACGGAGCCGAAGAAAAUCCCUUGCAGGCUUCGCAUGGUUUCAUCACCCAACACAAAUGGGCAAAGAACUGCAAGGCUGUAAUCAAUUUGGACUCUGCUGGCGGUGGCGGUUCCGAUAUUGUAUUUCAAACUGGACCCAAUAGCCCCUGGCUUGUUGAACACUAUAAAAAAAGUGCUAAGCAUCCAUUAGCUACCACCAUGGCUGAGGAAAUUUUUCAAACAGGUAUCCUGCCAUCAGACACUGAUUAUGGUAUCUUUGUUAAAUAUGGAAAUCUUAUUGGUCUGGAUAUUGCACAAUUUAUCAACGGUUACUUCUAUCAUACCAAAUACGAUCGAUUCGCCAAUAUUCCCAGGGGUUCCAUACAAAGCACGGGCGACAAUUUGCUUAGUCUGGUGCGAUCUCUAUCUAAUGCCACAGAGCUGGCCAACACAGCGGCUUACGCCACUGGACAUGUUAUAUUUUUCGAUGUCCUGGGUCUGUACUUCAUCAGCUAUACGGAGAGCAAUGGCGUUAUUCUAAAUUAUGCUGUGGCCGCAAUAACACUCAUCCUAAUAAUCGUAUCCAUUUGGCGUACUGCAAGCGUUUCCUGUGUAUCCGCUGGAUAUGUUAUUAGCAGGUUCAUCCUGAUCCUAGUACUCCAGAUCAUCGCUUUUGUGCUGGGCGUGGGCAUGCCCGUGGCAAUAGCCUAUGUUUUUGACAAGUAUGGACUUUCCCUCACCUACUUCAGCACUCCGUCCUUGUUAAUCGGUCUGUACAUAUGCCCAAGUCUAUUGGGAUUGAGCUUGCCUUCUUACUUCUACCUUAAGUUACAACGAAGCGUUAAGGUGGCAUUUGCUCAACAGCUGCAGUUGGUUCUUAAUGGUCACGCUGUAGUACUGGCUAUUCUGGGCAUUGGAUUGACUGUUUAUGGUCUCCGAAGCACCUAUGUGGUCACCUGGACUCUCAUCUUCUUUGUAAUUCCUUUGGCUAUUAAUCUGCUAACCACUCUGCACGAUCGCGGCUUUUCCUGGACUGGUGUUCUUAAGAUUUUCCAAGUCAUUCCGUUCCUGUAUAAUAGCUAUCUGAUUUACACUUUCCUGGUGACCCUGAUUCCCAUGAUGGGCCGUUUCGGCAGGUCAACCAAUCCAGAUUUGAUUAUCUCAGCUUUGAAUGCCUUGGGAACCAUUUUGGCCUUGGGUUUCUUGAUACCCCUAAUUAAUAUGUUCCGAAGACCCAGUCUAAUCUUGUUCAGUCUUUUGGCCAUAAGUGCUGUGACCAUUUACACGGCUACAUCCACCCAAAUUGGUUUCCCCUAUCGAGCAAAGACCAACGUUCAACGAUUACCUUACCUGCAUGUGCGACGAACCUUCUACGAAUACGAUGGCACUGUUGUCAAGGAUGAGUCCGGUUAUCUGUUCAACUUCCAGGAUCGCCGGGGACCCGCUCCCUUGGAGGAAGCCAAGGUCAAUCUGACUGGCUUGGUUAGCAUUGCGGCGGACUGUGAGAAGGUUAUGAUGUGUGGCUAUCCUCUUUACGACCACCGGUGGGUGAAGAAUCGUGAGCAGAUAAUGUGGCUGCCUCGAGAGACACAAAUCGUUCCACCAUUUGUACCGGUUCUUCAGCUUGUGGCCAAAACGGAACUGGGAAACAAUACAAUGCGUUAUGAAUUCAACACAACAACUACGGAUCACACCAGUGUUUUUAUCCAACCAGAGGAGGAUGUGACCAUAGUGAACUGGUCCCUACUUUUGGCUUACAUUGGACAGCAGACGACCUCUCAUCUUUAUUACUCCAGUGGCAAGCAUAUUUUACCAUUGUCUUUCUAUAUUGAUUUUUGGAAACCCAAUGGUGAUUUUAAUGUACCCGUGACCCAGUUAGGAGUAGGUGCCCAUUCUAUUGGCAAUAAAGGCGAUGCUAUCAGUCAAGAGUUUGCCAGUUCGCUACCAUCUUUUGCUGCCUUAGUGGAGUGGCCAGCCUCAUAUCAACGGUUCAUUUUCUAA